AUGGACGCCAAGACGGUCGAGUUCACGCCGUUUCAGGACCAGAAACCUGGCACUUCCGGCCUCCGCAAAAAGGUCACCGUCUUCCAGCAGCCUCACUACAGUGAGGCUUUUGUCGCCAGCAUCUUGCUGUCCAUCCCUGAAGGCGUCGAGGGUUCAUUUCUCGUCAUUGGUGGUGAUGGCCGUUUCUGGAACCCCGAGGUCAUCCAGAUCAUUGCAAAGAUCAGUGCGGCCUACGGUGUCAAGAAGCUUCUUAUCGGCCAACACGGCAUCCUCUCAACCCCUGCUGCUAGCCAUGUGAUUCGACUGCGGAAAGCGACUGGAGGAAUUCUGCUCACCGCCAGUCAUAACCCGGGUGGCAUGUGUCCGAAGAACGACUUUGGCAUCAAGUACAACUUGGCGAAUGGUGGCCCCGCCCCCGAGUCCAUCACCAACAAGAUCUACGAGACCUCCAAGAAGUUGAUGUCAUACAAGAUCGCUUCUAUCCCCGACAUCGACAUCUCUGCCAUUGGCUCCAAGUCGUACGGCUCACUCGAGGUUGAGAUUAUCGACAGCACCGCCGACUAUGUUGCCAUGCUCAAGGAAAUUUUCGACUUUGACACCAUUAAGAAAUUCUUUGCUGCCCACCCCGACUUCAACGUUCUCUUCGACGGCCUGCACGGUGUUACGGGCCCCUAUGGCAAGGCAAUCUUCGACAGGGAGCUCGGGCUGACUGGCGCGACCCAGAACUGCGUCCCCAGUCCCGACUUCAACGGCGGCCACCCUGACCCCAAUCUCACGUAUGCGCAUUCACUUGUUGAGGCUGUCGACAAGGGCAACAUUCCCUUUGGUGCCGCCUCCGAUGGCGACGGUGACCGCAACAUGAUCUACGGUGCGAAUGCUUUUGUCUCUCCGGGCGACUCUCUCGCCAUCAUUGCCCACCACGCGCAUCUCAUUCCUUACUUCAAAAAGAACGGUGUCAACGGACUUGCCCGCUCCAUGCCCACAUCCGGUGCCGUUGACCUCGUCGCCAAGGCUCAAAAACUCGAUUGCUACGAGGUUCCCACCGGCUGGAAGUUCUUCUGCGCCCUCUUCGACGCCAAGAAGCUGUCCAUCUGUGGCGAAGAGAGUUUUGGUACUGGCAGCGAUCACAUCCGCGAGAAGGACGGCCUUUGGGCCAUUGUUGCCUGGCUCAACAUUAUCGCCGGCAUCGGGGUACAAAACCCCGGCGUCACUCCCUCGAUCAAGCAGAUCCAGAAGGACUUCUGGACCAAGUAUGGCCGUACCUUCUUCACCCGCUACGACUACGAGGACGUCGACUCGGCGGGCGCCAACAAGGUCGUUGGUGAGCUCGGCAGCCUAGUCGCGGACCCAAAAUUCGUGGGCAGUAAGAUUGGAGAACGCACCGUCACCAAGGCCGGAAACUUCUCCUACACGGACCUAGAUGGAUCCAUCUCCUCCAACCAGGGCCUGUACGCCUGCUUCUCCACCGGAAGCCGUAUCGUCGUCCGCCUUUCUGGCACCGGCUCGUCUGGGGCCACCAUCCGCUUGUACAUUGAGCAGCACACUGAUGAUCCUUCAGCCUACGACAUGGACGCUCAGGAUUUCCUCCAGGCCGAGGUCAAGUUUGCGACGGAGCUGCUCAAAUUCAAGGAGCACGUUGGACGCACUGAACCCGAUGUCAAGACAUAG